CGGACUUAAGCUCCUCAAAACAUCCCUCUCACCAAACUUCAUAUGGAUUCUACAUUCAGCUCAAGCCCAGCAAUGGAGAGCGUUUACUCUGACAUCGACAGCCCCAGCUGUGACUACUCAUUCUCUCACUCGGACGAUGAAGACUCUCGCAGCAGCACCCAAGCCACAUCCCCCGCCUGCUCGGUUGGCUCAUCAUCGGCCGCCAUGCAGGAGGCGUGCGCCGAGCCACAGCAGAAGAAGAGGCGCAGGGGGCGGGCGAGGAACGAUGCCACUGUGCAUGUGGUCAAGAAGAACCGGCGUGUGAAAGCAAACGACCGCGAGAGAAACAGAAUGCACAACCUGAACGACGCUCUAGACACUCUGAGGACCAUCCUCCCCGCUUUCCCAGAUGACACCAAACUUACCAAAAUCGAGACUCUGCGCUUUGCCCACAACUACAUCUGGGCUCUCUCCGAGACCAUACGGAUUGCAGACCAGCACAAGACCAAGCCCAGGGACUCCACGCUUCUUCUACCGCCACUACCCUGCGUGGCAGAUGCCCCAAGCCCCGGGAGCGAUGCUUGCUCCUGGUCAUCGGGCGCGUCCUCCUCGUCUUCUCCCUCAUACUGCACUUCCAACCCAAGCAGCCCGGCAGCUGCGGAUGACUAUGGAUAUUUGCAAACAGACGUGGUGUAUAGUUACCGCAACUUCGUCCCCAACAUCUUCUAA